AUGGAGCUGUCGCGCAAGCUGCUCACGCUGCUGCCGCGCGUCACGGUGGUGGUCUCCAGCAGCGCCGAGACGACCGCCUUUGUGGCGGACUGCCUGGAGGCGCUGCAGGUCGCGGGCAGCGAGGUGGAGCCCGACAGCCACAGGCUGCCCGGCGGGGGGAGGCUGCACACGCAGCUGCUGCGGCUGCGGCCGUGGACGGCCGCGGGGUCGUGUGGCCUGCGCGUGUGA